AGAGCCAGUGCUUGCUCUAGCGACAUGCACCACCGAGUACCAAAUUAACUAUUUUUAAUUGCAGAUGAUGAGGAUAAUAAUAAUGAUGAUAAUGAUGACGAUGAUGAUGAUGGAAGUAGUGAUGACAAUUUGAAAAAUGACGACAAAGAUGACAACCCUAUUAAGACAAAAAAAAAUUUAAUAUCUUCAAAACAGAAUGGACCCUUGAGCCCUGAUGAUUUUUCAGAUUCUUACAGUGACGAUUCUUGUGAUAAAGAAAAAAAGUCUAAUCGUGAGUGGUUGAAGGAUAGUGUACUUUGUUAUAAAAUAAACGAUGAUGAUCAAAAAAAGAAAAAAAAUUUCAUAUCAGUCAACGAAGAAGAGUAAGAAUUUACUUGUUUGCUUAAUAAUUUACUAUUACUUUUUUCUAAUAACUCAAUCGUUUACUAGUAGCUCAGAAGAAUGUUUGUUAAGUGAGAAUUUGAGAAAAAAAAAUAAUACAGUUAUCUCCAGUGAUUCAGAAAACGAGAGCUCAGGUUUUUCAAGUUCUUCUAAAGAUAUAGAAUGUGUGGAGAGUUAUCGUGAAGAAUCUAUAGAUAAUUCUGAUGUUAUUCUUGUAGAAUGUGAGCCGGUCAACACUAGUCAUGGUAGCGGUAACAAGAAAAGUGGGCGUCGCAAUAUAAGAGAAAUUAUUGCUGACAACAAAAUAACAGCAGACAGCAAACAAGCUGCUAAAGCCGAAGAAAUUCGGUUACAACGACUUGAAAAGCGUUAUCAGCAGCUUUCAACUAAAAAAGAAGUAAAAAAUCGUUUCGUGUUGGACAUAGAUUUAGAAACAAAAAAAGAUCUUGUUAUUGUAGAUAAUGGCUUGGUCAAACGCUUGAAACCCCAUCAAAAAGACGGUGUAAAAUUUAUGUGGGAUGCGUGUUUCGAAAGUAUAGAUCAAGUCAAAAAUACGGAAGGGUCUGGAUGCAUCCUUGCCCACUGCAUGGGACUGGGUAAAACUUUCCAGGUUGUUACCUUGGCACAUACUGUAUUGGUUAAUAAAAAUAUCGGAAUCACGACGAUUAUGGUUGUAUGCCCUAAAAAUACCAUCUACAACUGGAUAGAUGAAUUUGAUUUGUGGCAACAGAGUGCCGAAAAUAAAACAAAAAUCAGAGUCUAUCACUUAACGCGGUGAGUUUCCAACAUCUUUUAUAGAUUAAAGAUUCUUGAAUCAUGGCACCAAAAAGGUGGUGUCAUGAUAAUAAGUUAUGAUCUAUUUCGUGCGAUCACGUCAGAAAACCCGCAUAUUCCUCCUGAAACAGUAAGUGAAUUAAAAUACUAUUUGACAAAUCCUGGAGCUGACGUUGUAGUUUGUGACGAAGGUCACUUAUUAAAAAUGGAACAAUCCAAGAGAUCUCUACAAAUGCAAUCUAUAAAGACAAAAAGAAGAAUUGUCUUGACAGGAACUCCAUUACAAAACAACUUGAAUGAAUAUCAUUGCAUGGUUCAGUUCGUUAAGCCAAGUUUACUAGGUACCAAAAAUGAAUUUAUGAAUCGUUUUGUAAAUCCGAUAAACAAUGGGCAAUGGUGCAAUUCCACUGAUGAAGACAUCUGGUUGAUGAAAAAACGAACCCAUGUACUUUAUAAAAUUCUGGAGGGCUCUAUACAGCGUCGCGACUACGCUGUUUUGACACCUUUUUUACCACCGAAAUACGAGUAUGUUAUUCAUAUUCGAUUAAGUGACGUGCAAGAAAACAUGUACAAAUAUUUUGUAGAGCAUAUAAGCUUUAAUCAGAAAAGUAUGUUAGCGAACUAUCACUUGAUACAACAACUUGUUUCUCAUCCAAGAAUUUUCGAAAAAUCAUCACGAAAUACAGUACAGGCAACUACUUUUCAUAAUAAUAGUGAUAACAAUUCCAACGAAACCUGUGAUCCUUGGUGGACCAAACUUGUUAGUCAAGAACAGUUGGAUGAUUACAAGAUAUCUUGUAAAAUGAUAAUUUUUUUUGCCAUUUUAAAAAAAUGUGAAGUAGAGGGUGACAAAGUGCUGAUUUUCUCUCAGAGUUUGCGAACACUUGAUUUAAUUCAGGAAUACUUACAAAAAAUUGACGAAAAACAAGUCGAUGAUCUAUUUGAAUUUCAAGGCCAAUGGAAAAAAGGAUGUGAUUAUUAUCGAUUGGAUGGGAAAACAAGUGGGACUGAGCGAAAAAAAAUGUGCGAAAUUUUCAAUGAUAAAGAAAAAAAGCGGAUGCGACUAUUCCUUAUUUCCACAAAAGCUGGAGGCUUGGGAAUCAAUCUUACGGGGGCCAAUCGAGUCAUCAUUUUUGAUCCCAGCUGGAAUCCAUCUAACGACGUACAAAGUAUUUUUCGAAUAUUUAGGUUUGGGCAAACAAAACCAUGCUUUGUUUAUCGUUUUCUUGCCGCUGGCACGAUGGAACAAAAAAUUUACAAUCGUCAAGUGAACAAACUGUCACUAUCUCUACGAGUACUCGAUGAGCAAGAAAUUGCACGGCACUAUCGAAAUUCAGAAUUAGCAGAGUUGUACGCCUAUGAACCCUACCCUGAGAACACAUUAAUCACCGAAAUGCCAAAAGAUCGUGUUCUAGAAAGUGUUAUCAAAAAAUUUCCUGGCUAUAUCUGUGGUUUCUUUGAGCACGAUUCAUUGUUUCAAAAUAAGGAAGACGAAAAGCUCAAUGAAGAUGAGCGUAAGAAUGCUUGGAUAGAAUAUAAAAAAGAGGCAGACGCCCCGACGAAUAAUGAUGCAAAGAAAGGAUGCAACAAAAAACGCGGCAUACCAAACACUGGGUCAGAAGUUGUGAUAGAUUUAUUUGAUGUGGAUCCUGUAGUCCCAGAAGAUAUAAAUCAAAAUGAACCUGGCAGUCAAAAUGGAUCAAACAGCGACACCAGUCUGGAAAACGGUUCAACAGUAUCUGAGAAUCAAAAAAGUUCUACUAUAGUUUUGGAAGCUACUAACUUAUAACUAUAUAUUAGACGAUUCACAGUCAAUUAGGAUAUGUUGUUAGCUCCAUUUAAUCGCUGUUUUAAUUUUUCCAUUAACAUUAACUUCAAGGUAUAUUUGAUG